AUGUCUUCCUCCAACACAGACCAGGACUAUCGAGCAGGGCUGGCCCCUCGAUCCACGCUCCAACCAACACCGAUUUACCAUCGUGUUCAAGAAACAUCCGACUCUGAAGGUGAGUCCAAUUUGGAGGAUGUCCCCUUGCGUGGCGGUUCCACUGAUCUCGUGGUUGUAAGGCGCCGUGUUAACAGGAUUAUGGAACUGAGCGUCGACAUGUACAGUCCCAUCAUCGUAGGCGGAAACAGCGACUGGGCUCUCAUGUUCCACGAUCCAUUCUUCGGAUUGGCGUAUCGUUUUCGCAUGGCGGGCGGGCCAAGUGUGGGCGAACCCUGGAGGUUCGAGUUCGCAAUUGGAGAGAUUGGAGAACCAAACACCUUUCCUACGCCUUCCAGACGUCACUUCAUCAGCAUGAUGCCGGAGAAUCAGCGAAUCUGUGCCACUGCCAGAAGAACCCGAGGUCAGUUCUGCCAGAAAUGGGUCAUCGACGUGAUCCGUGACUUGGAGUCGCAGGGCCUAAUCCCCCCAGGUAAGGGUACACAACUCUCAGAAUUCCUCGAGACGGAUCAAUACCCCAAUAUCCAAGUCUCGUACAAUGACCAACUGUCAACGAUCGAACAGGAAAGGGCCAGAUUUUGCGGUAAUCUACUGCGUUUCUUGACUUUCGGCCGCUCUCGCAGGAGAGUGGCGCACUCGACUUGA